UCCGCGAUUUCUGUGACGUCCUUUCCGGUCGAACCUCCCAACAUGGACGCCAGCCGCGUGCAGCCGAUUAAGCUCGCAAGAGUUACCCGGGUACUUGGAAGAACUGGCUCCCAGGGACAAUGUACACAGGUCCGUGUUGAGUUCAUGGACGACAGCAACCGUUCAAUCAUCAGGAACGUGAAGGGCCCCGUCAGGGAAGGAGAUGUGCUGACGCUUCUGGAGUCUGAAAGAGAAGCCAGGAGGCUGCGAUAGGUGGACUCGUCGCACAAUAUUCAAACCUACUGAAGUGGUGCUGACCAGACGCCGUUGAAGCAGAUGAUUUAGUCAAGUUUCACACGUUGAGGCCGACAUCUCGCUUGUUCAAAUGUUUUUCGAAUAAAUGUGGCCAUUGAGAGAA